AUGUCACCCUCGUAUACCCACAUCGUGGUCGACAUCCACGACCAGAUCGGCGUCAUCAAGUUAAACAGACCCAAAGUACUGAACGCAUGGAACGAGACUAUGCUGGCCGAUAUGGUCACUGCGUUUCGCGAGCUGGACCAGCACCCGCGUACUAUAUUUACCGUUCUUACUGGUGAAGGGCGAUUCUUCUCGGCGGGUGCCGAUAUCAGACAAGGACUGGCAACACCACCCCCAGACUCAACCGCCGCACAGAAGAAACUCUUCUACAUGCGUAAAUUCUCCAUCGAAACGGAACUCUUCCGCCUAAUUAUCGACCACCGAAAAGUCUUCGUCCUCGCUCUAAACGGGCCCGGGGUAGGCGGGGGCGCCGCCUGGUUCACAGGACUAGCCGACAUCGUCCUCGCCGCAUCAGGGAGCUACCUGCAAGUCCCCUUCAACUCGCUGGGUCUCGUCCCCGAAUUCGGAGCCGCGCGCACAUUCGCGCAGAGUAUGGGCGUGCGGCGGGCGAAUGAGUUCCUCAUGUUCGGGAGGAAGUGUACCGUUGAGGAAUUGGAGGGGUGGGGGCUUGUUAAUCGGGUUUUUCCGCUAGACGGGUUUGGUGGGCAUUUGUUGGAUUAUUUGGGAGGGCAGUUGGAGGUGAAUGAUGGGGGGAGUAUGCUUGAGACGAAGAGGUUGAUGAAUGGGCCGAUGAGGGCAGAGAGGGUUGUGGCGCUGUUUGAUGCUGUGAGUGCCCUUGCGGAGAGGUUUGUAGAGGGCGUGCCUGGGGAAAGGUUUGAGAGGAGAACAGGGGAGUUGAAGAAGGUGAGUGAGGAAAGGAGAGGGAAAGAGAAAUCGAGCCUUUGA